AGUUGCCUUUGGAAGGUCCAGACUUAUCUCAAGGCAGUCCAUUAUAGAUCCCUUAUUCGGGUUUCGUUCCGCCGUACUGCAACGAGCAGGCGGUGAUGUCGCGACAUGGUCAAUGACAACUUUGCUGGGUGCGAGGUACGCUACUUAAGAGAGGCAGGUCUGCUCUCAUUUGGAAAAUUGUUCCACCAGCUCUCUCUCUCUCUCUACGCUAGUUCCUCGCUGUCAAUAUGAGAGCCCAAACCGUCCUGGCCUCAGUCGCGCUCACGGCCCCAGCUUUGGUUGAAGCUAGUAAUUCCACAGACAAGCUCCUUGUCAGCUCCAUAGAGCUUCAAAGCCUGAUUACGCUUGAGGACCUCCUCGCCGGCUCUCAAAAGCUUCAGGACAUUGCCGAUGCCAACGAUGGAAACCGUGCCUUUGGCAGCGGAGGCCACAACGCCACAGUCGACUACCUGUACGACACCCUGAAUGCGCUCGGCUACUACGACGUGAUAAAGCAGCCAUUUACGGAGGUGUUCUCCGGCGGGAACGCCGCUCUCUCAGCUGGAGGUGUCGAUUACAGCCCAAAUCUCAUGACUUACACCCCCCGCGGGACAGUCAGCGCGCCCCUCGUCCUUGUGUCUGACCUGGGUUGUGCGGCCGAGGACUUUCCUGCCGAGGUAUCAGGAAACGUGGCCUUGAUCUUGCGAGGAACCUGUUCGUUCGCAGAGAAGUCACUGAACGCGGGUGCAGCGGGGGCAGUUGGUGCAGUGGUGUACAAUAACGUCGAGGCGGCUCUGUCGGGCACUCUUGGUACUAGUAACGAUGCCUACGUCCCCACUGUCUCGAUCUCCCAGGAGGAGGGCAAUGCUCUGAUCGCAGCUCUGGAGUCCGGCGAAGUGGUGGCUGACUUGGUGGUCAACUCGAUCCUCGAGAACCGGACGAACUACAACGUCAUUGCCGAGACCAAGGAUGGUGACCAUGACAACGUUCUCGUACUGGGCGGUCACUCCGACUCGGUGGAAGCCGGCCCCGGAAUCAACGACGACGGAUCUGGCUCGAUUGGCGUGCUGAACGUUGCUUUGGCCCUAUCUAAGUUCACGGUCAAGAACUCGGUUCGGUUUGCGUUCUGGGGUGCUGAGGAAUUUGGCAAGUUGGGCUCUUACUAUUACAUCAAGCAACUGAACACUUCCGAAGUUGAGAUUGCCAAGAUCAGGGCAUAUCUCAAUUUCGACAUGAUUGCGAGUCCCAACUACGUCUAUGGCAUCUACGACGGAGACGGCAGCGCCUUCAACCUGUCAGGCCCCGCAGGCUCAGCCCAGAUUGAAAAGGACUUCGAAGACUUCUACACGAGCAAAAACACCCCCUUCAUCGCCUCCGAGUUCAGUGGACGCUCCGACUAUUCCGCCUUUAUCAUGAACGGCAUACCUUCCGGAGGCCUCUUCACUGGGGCUGAGGUGAUCAAGACCGAAGAGGAAGCUGCCCAGUUUGGCGGUGAGGCGGGCGUCGCUUACGACGUGAAUUAUCACCAAGCCGGUGACACUAUGGAUAAUCUGGCGCAUGAUGCUUAUCUGCUCAACACGCAGAGCAUUGCCAACUCGGUAGCCAAGUAUGCUUUGAGUUUCGACUCGCUGCCCCCUGUUGAUUUGAGCAAGCGAAUGUGGGCAGCGGACAGGGCGAAGUUUACUAGUCGGGAGGUGCAUUCCCAUGCAACUCAUUCGGGACCGUGUGGGCAAAGCGGAGAGACGAAAUAGGAUAUUGAGUCUUAUGCAUACGGAUGAGAGAGUAAUGUUAAGAUCGGGAGUAAUAUUUAGGGUUAUCUUUGACCCAAAAUCCAUCAUGUGAUAAUGUGUAUUCAAGUGGGACCUCGG